AAUUCCCGAGAAUGUCCCUUAUCAAACAAAACAACCUACGAAUAGCAGUAAAAGCGGCAUUGAGAGUGUUCCCUCUCCUCUGCUCAAACCAUGUCCCAAACACUGCAUCUCUUCGUCCCCAAGAACCUUGGAUGUGGAAUGGCAGAAGGCAAGUGUCUCCCGUGCUCAGGUGUUUGUGGAAGGAAUGCUGCUGUAUAUUCUUGCUCUUCUCUAGGUCAUCGCAGGAUUCAUUCUCAUGUGAAAGUUAGAGGACUGAAGUGCAGUUAUAGGGGUGCAUCGUUAGUAUGUGAAGCAAGGAGGAGCCCAGAUUUCUCAAGGCAAAACAAGCAGGGGCUCUCCAGAAGCAGGAAUAGGAACAACGAUGGGAGAGAUAGCUUUGAGAACUUUGAAGAAGAUAUGUUAUCUUUGAAAAAUGGACCACCUGUUUCUCUUUCAGGUUCAGGAAAAUUCCAGUCCACUGCAGCCCCUGGUCCUAGAGAGAAGGAGAUUGUUGAGCUCUUUAGGAAGGUUCAGGCUCGCCUGCGUGAGAGGGCUGCUACCAAAGAAGAAAAGAGAGUUGAAGCCUCUCAAGGGCAAGGUAAAGAGAACAGUACUGUAGAUUCCCUCCUCAAACUACUGAAGAAACACUCAGUUGAGCAAGUGAAGAGAAGCAGUGGAGGAACCAGAGGAAAAGAUUUUAGUUCAGACCAGUCACAAGAAAGUAACCAAUAUGACAGAGGACAAAGCACUAAAAUUUUGGAUUUGGAUAGUGCUCCAAAGGAUGAAUCCUCAAAAGUCAACAUCUCCUCUGCAACCAGGCCUCGGUCAAAAUUCCAAAGAAAGUCCCCGGUUCCUCGUGUAAAAUAUCAGUCUGUCUCUAACAAUGAGGAUGAUAUGAAUGUAAUGCCAGUAGAUAGUGAGGAUAGAGAGAACAAUGAGGAUCAGAUAGAUUUGAAGCUUGAUGAUGAACAAGAGCCUGACUCUGAAUCUGAUGUUGAUUCAAAGGACGACCUGUUCUUCCCAAAUAUAGUGAUGGCUGAAUUGUCAGAGGAUGAUGAUUCUCAUGAUUCUGAGCAAACCUAUAACGAUGAGAAUGUGGAGGAGCAGCUAGUGGUUCAACAUGAGGAUUUGAGUGCACUGAAGCUGUCUGAGUUGAGGGCACUUGCAAAGUCUCGAGGCCUGAAAGGGUUCUCAAAAAUGAAGAAGGGUGAGCUCACGAACUUGCUAACUGAGAGCUGAUUCUGCUUGAAUGACAUACGAGAAGAAAAAGGGAGAGGGAAACACAUGUCAUAGUAAAACUAGUUUUCCCCCCCCCCUUGUUUUUAAGUUGACAUUCUAUCUGAUGUUUCUUUGUGUUGCUUCUAUUUUUUUUCUCCCCCUAAUCUCAUUCUUCCAAGUACUUGAGGUUGAGAGUUUGUGGAUCAUUAGAGUAAUCACGAUAUCUUUUCCUUGGAGGAUUUUUAAAUCUGUAGUUGUUCCCAUGGUGAGAUCUGUAAAAAUAUUGUCAGGGACUCUAUUGUCGGUGAAUGAAGUGAUCCAGGUACUAGGUAUUGAUAAUGUUUAUCAGGCUAGUGAGUUUACUAUCAAUGUCCUGCAAGUUGUUGGACUUUU